AUGUCCAGAUUAGGUGCUCUUAAUAUUACAAAAAAUUCUGGCGCUAAACACACUGCUACAGUCAUAUUUUUUCAUGGUUCUGGUGCAGCUGGCGAUCAUAUGAAGGAAUGGGUGCAUUUAUUGGCAAAAAAUUUUGUUUUCCCACACAUAAAAAUACUCUACCCAACAGCACCAUUACAGCCUUACACUCCGGCUGGUGGUCUUAUGAGCAAUGUUUGGUUUGACCGACUAGGUAUUAACCCUAGAGCUCCCGAAGUAUUGGAAUCUUUAGCUCAAAUAGAAGUAGAUAUAAAAAAUUUAUUAAAAAGUGAAAAUGAGGCUGGUAUACCAAGUUCGAGAAUAAUUGUUGGUGGAUUUUCAAUGGGUGGAGCUUUAGCCCUUCAUACAGCUUAUCGAUGGGAUCCAAAUGUAGCUGGGGUCUUCGCUUUUAGUUCAUUCUUAAAUGAUAAUUCUGUGGUAUACGAAGAGCUUAAAGACUCUGGUACUAAAGUCCCUCUGCUCCAAAUUCAUGGUGACAGUGAUGAUUUAGUGAAUUUGGCUUGGGGUGAAGCAACAUUCAAAGAACUUAAGAGUGUAGGAGUACAAGGAAAUUUUCAUAUUAUGGAGAAGUUAGGACAUUCAUUGAAUAAAAGAGGGUUAAAUAUCAUUAAAGAUUGGAUAGAUAAACUUCUUCCCGAAAUAUAA